AUGAAGCUCCUUCUACCCAUCUUUGCAAGUCUCAUGCUACAGCCCCAAGUGCACACAGACUUCUUCGGCUUGAGAAAAUGUGUAAUGGGUUUUGGGAAGUGCAAGGAGCACUGUGCCGUGGAUGAAAAAGAGAUAGAUGCAUGCCAGAAGAGAAAAUGCUGUCUCGGACCAAGAGUGAUAGAGAUUCUAAAAGCCUUCAUCCAAUCGGAAGUGCACGAAACCCUGGAAAAGAACCCGCAGGCACCGCUAAAGGCUCCCGAGGUUUACAAUGCUGUGCAACUGACGAAACAUCACAUGUUAUCUCUCCUUCCCCAAAUCAUAAAUGCUGUCCCUUCUACUAAUCCCAACUCCCUCAUCAUCACAGACACCCCCCCUGUGCGCACCCUGGCCCCCAGCGCUGCUGCUUCUCCCGAGAGAGACGUUGAGAAGCGCAGAGGUGCUGCCCUGGCCCCAGAAGCCUCAGCAGCCCCCCCGCCACCGUAG